AUCUCAACAAAACUUGGGUUUUUACUUCUUUUUUUUUUUUCCAAACCCUACUCCCUUAGCAACGCCAGUCGGCAUUCCCUGCAGUCCGCGACGGCUCGACGGCUCCACCACAGCGGCAGUCGGUAUAUCCAAAAAGUGAAAGAUGCCGAAAGUGAAGACAAAUCGCGUGAAAUACCCUGAAGGAUGGGAAUUGAUUGAACCUACACUCCAGGAGCUAGAAUCUAAAAUGAGAGAAGCUCAAUUGGAUUCUCAUGAUGGGAAGAGAAAGUGUGAAACUUUGUGGCCCAUUUUUAAAAUUGCUCACCAGAAGAGUCGCUAUUUAUAUGAUCUUUAUUAUAGAAGAAAUGAGAUUUCCAAAGAGCUGUAUGAGUUUUGCUUGGAUCAAGGCUAUGCUGACAGAAAUUUAAUUGCCAAGUGGAAGAAGCCAGGAUAUGAGCGUCUGUGUUGCCUGCGCUGCAUACAACCUCGAGACCACAACUUUGGCACGACUUGCGUAUGCCGAGUGCCCAAGCAUCUCAGGGAAGAGAAAGUUGUGGAAUGUGUUCAUUGUGGAUGUGGAGGUUGUGCCAGUGGGGAUUGAUCUGCUGCCUUCCUACUCAGAGACGUCGAGCAUUAUGCUGCAACUCUUUGCACCACUGAGGAUUAAUUUGCUAUCUUGGUACAGCAUUAUGCUUUGAUUGUCUGUAGGUCAUUUCAAGUACAACUGAGACGAAAUCUAUCUAUGAAGUUUUUUUUCGUGUGCUUUGAAUGUAUCGUGCUCACUUACAACAUUGAAGCUUAUGAAAAUAAAUCGAGGAGAGCAAGGUUGGCAAUGCAGGUACUUGGAGAAAAAAAGGAGAAUGAAGCCUUGUAUAUCAUUCAAGUACUGUCAUUUACUCAUUUGAGCCUGGAUUGAAAAUCUAAAUAACUUUAUAAUGUACUACUAUAAACGCUAGAUUAUGUAUCAUAUUUUAACCUUCUUGUGAUCAAAGAUUUAAAAUUUGACCCCUCACCCUUUUUCUUUUAUCUA